AUGUGCAGCUUGCGCGACGUGGACUUCAAACCCCAAGAGCAAAUAAUACAAAAACGUUUUUCCCGGCCUCCGGGGCGGCGCGGGGGACAGGUCGCGGCGGGCACCGUAAUCAUCCUCCUCAUUCAGGUUGUGCUGACCCUCACGGCCGUUGAUGAUUGGGGGGGCGACACAAGGGAGGCGAUGGUUGAGGUCGAGGAGGCGAACCUGCUCAAGCUUGCGGAAGCGAAAGCCGAGUUUGUGUCUGAGCAAUUCGGAAGGGUCGAGGAGAGCAUUUUGCAGCUGCAAACGUUUGCGGGGCAGGCCGUUUUGGCCGUUCCAGAGACGAUGACGGUCGACUCGUACAUGACCAGCUAUUCGGGACUCCUGCAAUCUGACACCACGUUCGAUAAUAGUGUUUGGCAACCGGGGUAUAUCCCGGACCUGCCUACGGGUGAGGUGCCCGAGGCCGGCGGGUCCCUGGAAAGCCUGCUCAACCGCUCGUCGCUGAUGGACGUUCCCUUUCGGGGAAUGCAGCGGCAGCACCCCCUUGUGUACCUCGCAGCCUUGGACGAUCCAUCCCCCGCCGAUGGCACGAUCUCGGAUAUCAACUUCCAGGCUUACGCCGGGUUCGAUAUGACCCCUUACCUGCAAUGGGGCCUGGUUGGGGUAUGCGACAGCUGGGAUGAAACCACCUACACCGGGGACUCGUACGAGCCGCGAUGCAGACUGUGGUACCAAAACGCCAUCGAGAAUGGCAACACCGGGGUCAUCUUCACCAACCCUUACGAGGCCGCCAGCUCGCAGGAGCUGACCCUAACGGCAGCAGCGCCGGUCUUCAACUUGGCCGGCACCGUGGCCGGAGUGGUUGGGCUGGACAUCAACACGACAAACAUCGAGAGCUCCAUCAAGGACCUCAAGGUCAUCGACGAUGACGGUUAUGCCUACCUGCUGGCCCCGGGCGGGGACGGGCAGGUGGCCGUUCACAGGGACUUGUUGGGCUAUGGCGGCGUGACCUACAUCCUGGACUUGGAGUUCGGAGACGACGCCGACGAAAGCGGCGAGGAGGAAUCACAGUUUCUUGAUCUUGUCACCGAGAUCUCCGCCACCUGCUCCGGCUCCGCGGAAUACUCGAGGGACGGAAGUACGUGGAUCCUGGCCUGGAAGCACGAGACCGUGAGCGGCGCCGGCGCGUCUACUGCCAGCGACGACUGCGGCGACGGUGGCUUCAUCGCCGUGGUGACGGUCAGCGAGUCGGUUCUGUUGGAGACCUUCUCCGAGACGAAAUCACAGAUUUCCCGGGUGGUUCUCUUCGCGAGCCUCAUCAUGGCCCUGGUGCUGGUCGCAAUCGUCUGCAUCAUGGUUGUCACUGCUCGAUUCGUGGCUCGCGGGAUCGUGGGUCCGAUCAACCAACUCAUCGGUGCCGUGUACGCACUCAACAGGUUGGAUUUUUCGCGGCAGCCGCCAGGGACUCGGAUCGUCCACGACAUGCCCUCCAACGACAUGCUCUCCCCCGAGGUUGACGACUUGGUGGAAGCCUUCGAGUCCAUGAAUACGGCAGUAAAGUUCGCCAACACAACCCUCGCCACAGGAAACAUGGCCGCGGCGAAGUCCAUCUACUUGGAUGCCCUAAAACUCUUCAUAAAGCUGGAAAACGAGCGUGGAAUCGGCAUCGUGCGGAACAACCUCGGCAACAUUUGCGCGAUGGAGGCCGGAGAGCUCGUGGCGCAGGCAAGGGAUGCAAGAAAUCCGGCCCAAGCCAAGGCUCUCAUGGAAGCGGCGCUGCUGAGUUUUACCGACGCCGCCAUCAACUUCAAGCUCGCCAUCGACGACGCCGAGAUGCUCUGCGCAGCCACCAAUCACCAACCGAAUGGCGUUUUACCGCAGCACCCGAGCGCCCACCACGGUGGUCGUGACGGUGUCGGCGAGACCAAGUUUGAGGAAGACGUUGAGGCUGCACAUGCUGCACUCGCGGAUGUGGACGCAAACGACGACGAUGACGAUAACACAUCACACGCCGCUCUUGACCGGCAGCUCGCUAGCCGCAAGUCUAACCUUGCUCGGUGCACCGAAGCCAGGGGCAAUAGCGCCGUUGCAACGGGAGGGAAGCCAGACCUGGAAGUCAUCAACGAGGCCAGGAAUCUGUUGCAGGAGUGCAUCCAGCUAACCUCCGCCGACCUUAACAGCGGAGGAAACCGCAGCACCGGCGACACGAAGAACGACUUACAGCGAUUUGGAUACCUCCUCCAAUUGUCCGUCCUGGAGCGAGGGCAAGGUAGAUUUCAGCAGGCAGGGGAAGCACUGGAUGCGGCCGAGCUGGUGAUCGCGCCCUACGAGAGGCACAGCGUCGACGCGGGGCCGGGGGCGACGACGGCGACGCCUCUGGAAACCCCAGUUCACAUCCUCCGCCAGAGGCUGUUGGAGGCGCGCGCCGCCCUCAGUGUGGCAAACGGCUACCACGAGGAGGCAAUCGAUCACUACACGCAAGCCUUGAUUGGGACGGGAGACAUAAUCGACCCCAGCGUUGCCACGGCAUCGCUCUUGGGGCUCCGCGGUCUGGCCUCUGUCGGCAACUAUGGCCGCCUUUUCUCCUCCGAGCUGCUGGUAGCGUUGAGUUUGCAUCCUGGCGCGGGCAAGGACCCCGAGUGCUUGACUUCGGCGAUUGACCACGGUCUGGACAGGGUUAAACGGGUCAAAACAAGAAUGGCAGCAGCGCGAAAUGACUCUACGAGGAAGACCGACGUAGAUUUAUGCUUCGUGAUGGACUGCACAGGAUCGAUGCAACGGUGGAUUGACCAGGCCAGGACCAGGUUGCUGGACAUCAUUGACCAGGCAAAAAAGGACGUCGCCAACAUCAACCUGCGGGUGGCCUUCGUUGGGUAUCGCGACUUCGGAGAUAAAGUGCAGUACGAGACGUUCGACUUCCACAAGGAACAUGAUCUUCCCAAGCUUCGCGCCAAGCUCAACAAAAUUAAGGCCUACGGAGGCGCUGACUUCCCAGAGGACGUUGCCGGAGGGCUGAAGCUCGCCACGGAGCUGGACUGGAGGGGCACAAUCCGCCUUUGCAUCCUCCUCGCCGACGCGCCGUGCCACGGCUCGAUGUACCAUAUCGGGAUCGGGGACAGGUACCCGAAUGGCUGUCCGAAGGGAAACGACCCAUCCAAGCUGCUCUACGAACUGCAGUACGAAAUCGGUGCCGACUUCUACUUCAUCAGAAUGACACGACACACGGACAAGAUGAUCAGGGUGCUGCAGAAUAGGGCGGGGGCUAUGUGGGACAGCAACGGCAGGCCUCGCCCUUCUUCCCGGCAAGGGGCCAGCGUGGCCGCCACGCGAUAUAUCGUGGUGCACGACCUUGGCUCGGAGGACAACCGCUUCCUGGAGGUAGUUGUGGAAAGCGUCAACGUCAGCGUCAUGAACUAUCGGGUCGAACACUAACCUCCCAGAAAAUACGCCGAGGAGGAAGGGCUGGAUCUUGUCUGGACCUGGUUGCUUAAGCGAGGUUUUCAUCCUGCUCGCGCGUAUUUACCAGGCAUGCGCUAUGAUGAAUGCGUCGAGAUGGGUGGGUGAAACGCGAGCCGUAAGUUGUUGCGCCCAUCACUGCCUUCCGAGGCCCAUCACAAUGCACGCAGGGCGGGUGGUAUUGCCCAAAUUAUGGUUGAAGUCAAGGGUAAGGAUGCACCUCAAACAUUCGUUGCUGAGCGGACAAUUGUGGGGUAUGGAGAAUCGACGCUAUUCCCAGAAAUUCGGCGGGCCCUGUCUUCGGUGUCACUUCCAAUGAGAGAGCGAGGAAAAUAGAUGGCGAGAAAUACGGAAAGAAAAAAGCCAGAAAGAAAGUGCUGGAAGAUACAGCACCCCACUGUGGACGUUGGAGCUAUGGUGUUGCCAUAUCCGGCUGUCGUUUUCUUAGCCAGCUGGUGUUUUCCUGAUUCUUGAUUGUUUUUUUCUCGAAAACACGCGUUUUCGAGAAAUAAUAACCGCCCGAAGCGACCAUUGACACCCGGAGGUGAGCGGUGGAUCGCGGAGCGAGGUUUCGAUUGAUGCGGCCGGACUAACAGCACUUGGCAGAGGUAGCAUGAGCAAGUGUAACAGACCGUUCCGGCUUGAUUUUAGAUCUGGCUUGCGUUUCGCGUUGGCUCGAAUUCAGCCACCCGCUUCGUGUGCGUGUCGUUGGCUGAACAAAUUAUUGCCCUGUUGGUGGGGGCGGGGGGGUACUCGUGUUUUUCAUGCCAGUUGUUAGACUAUUGACCAAGGCUAGGAGGGCGUGGGCGGGCUGGGCGAAGGAGGAAUCUCAACGUGGUACAACUGUAUGACAUCUCUUCAAUCUCAUCAAGACGUUGACCAAAUUGAGCGACAAAAGCAAAAAUAUCGUCUACAAGACCAAGACUUAUGUAGGAGACUUAAAUUGAUGAGCAUGUUGAUGGGAUGCCCAGGGAUGCGCAAAGGUGUAGAUCAACGCGAAUGCAAAUCGAAGCGCUCUCGACAUUUGGCUUCGAAACCCCUACAGGGAAGCAAGCCUUGUUCGAUCUAUGUACAGCAAGUGUGGUCGUGGUAUGGGCGUCUUUCACUUCCUAUCUUUUUUGUUUUUUUGUUUCCUUCUUGAUCUGACAAGGGUCGUUUCCUCGUCACCCGUAUCCUUCGGACCAUAAGCACCUCCUGUAGUUCCCUGAAGAGGUGUAGAUGAUGUUUGCUUGGCAGCACCUACAGGGAGGCAAAUCUCGGUCGAUCUCUCUUCGAUCUUUGUACAGACGAACGUGUUUGAUUGUCUUCCAUUCGUGUGUUGUUGUCUUUCCUUGGCUACUUGAUCCGCCAAUGGUCGUGUCCGCCACGCGUAUUCUUACCAAAAGGUCUCGGUUCCCCCGUAAACGGUUCGCCUCCUUGAUGUGGGCGCCUAUUUGCCAUGCAUGUGUGUACCGGUAGGACGGGAAGUUUUUAAUAGUGAGGGCGAACGUUGGUUCGUUGCGGGUCGUGCACGUAGUUUGUAUAUUUUUUUUAUCGACGUUCACGUGAAGUUUUGGUUUCAACAGGUUGCAAGCUGAAACCUUUUACGCUGGCCGUUUGACCCAAGGUACUAGGUUUUGGAGGAAGAAGUCAUGUACUUUAUGUCCGUCUUUUCCAAUCAGUAUCGACCGCGUUAGCCCGUCAAUCACUAGCGAGAUGUCGGUCUAAAUGAUGAGCACGGUCUGCAUGCAAGUGCGUGGGUCAACGUGAUUGGGGAGGGUGUUGGUGGCUUGCCGUUGUCGAGCGCCUAAGAAGGAAAGCGAUGCAGCAACCAAGUAUGUGCGUCGCUGCACAUCCAAGCGGCCCCCAGUAUUCACUCAUGAGGGUCUGUCUUACAUGGUUUCUGCUUACGGUAGAGGAGGCAAGUAUUGGUAGGGCGAGGCGAUGGGAUCAAAGAUAUAGUGUUCGUGUCUAUAUUGUCUAUCGGGUUAGGGGUUUUUGUUGAGACUUUGGGCAGUUUUGGAAGGGAAAACUGUGAUCUCACAACAUCUUGAGCGGAAUCAAACCUGCGGACGAGACUACCCAAACGGUGGGGAACGC